UGAUUGUCAAAAUUUCAUCGACUAGUACGAUGUCAUUAUCACGUUGCGGUGUAUCGUGGUCGCGGUUAUAUGCUACAGCCAAACGGUUGUCUACUGUAGCUGGUUUUAGUGCAAACGGUCCAAAUCAUAGUUUAAGUGUUAGGUGUCGCAGGUACGCGGCGUCUACAGCAACGUCCCACCAGAGUAGCACUCGUGUCAAUAUGUACGUCGCCGAGGAACGAGGAGCACCCUUCACGCCCGAAUACCGGGUCUACUUCAAGGACGAGAGCGGUCCGAUCUCGCCGCUGCACGACAUCCCGCUGUGGGCGGACCGCGCGCAGCGGCUCGUCAACAUGGUGGUGGAGGUGCCGCGCUGGACCAACGCCAAGAUGGAGAUCAGCCUCAGCGAGCCGCUCAACCCGAUCAAGCAGGACGUGAAGAAGGGCGCGCUGCGCUUCGUGCACAACGUGUUCCCGCACCACGGCUACAUCUGGAACUACGGCGCGCUGCCGCAAACGUGGGAGAACCCGCAGCACGUGGACCCGGCCACGCAGGCGCGCGGGGACAACGACCCUAUCGACGUGAUCGAGAUCGGCGAGCGCGUGGCGCAGCGCGGCGACGUGUACCCAGUCAAGGUGGUCGGCACGCUGGCGCUCAUCGACGAGGGCGAGACCGACUGGAAGCUCAUCGCCGUAGACGCACGCGACCCCAGCGCCGCGCAGCUCAACGACGUGGCCGACGUGGAGCGCCUGUUCCCCGGCCUGCUGCGGGCCACCGUCGAGUGGUUCCGCCUCUACAAGGUGCCCGACGGCAAGCCCGUCAACAAGUUCGCCUUCGACGGCGAGGCAAAGGACAAGGAGUUUGCCUACAAGAUCAUCGACGAGGUGCAUGAUUUUUGGCGAUCAUUGGUGAACGGCGAAGUAGCCGAUGCCACCAACAUUUGCACGAGCAACGUGUCGGUGGCGGGCAGCGCGGCGCGGCUGGAGCGCGCGCGCGCCGCCGCGCUGCUCGCCGCCGCGCCGCCCGCCGCGCCGCCCGCGCCCCGCCCGCCGCAAGUGGACAAGUGCUACUACCUGUCCAACCUGUAGCGCGGCGCCGCCGUGCAGGGCAGCCGCCGGCCGUCACGCCCGUCACGCCCGUCACUUGACGCAUGCAUCACGAGUACCUAUUGUGUACUUUAGAUCAAUUUGAUUAUAAUUGUUCACGCCACACUUGUGUGUUAGUAAUUACGGGAUAUUAUGUCAUUAUGUGAUAUUUGUAUUUAAUUAAAGUUAAUACUUAAUA